AUGGAUUCCAAAACAUCUGCUACUACCACUGCUACUACUUCACAAAUAAAUAAGGAAAAAACUGAAUUAGAGACGUCACAAGCAAAGACAAGUUUCCAAUAUGUUGAAACAAUCCAUGAUGCUAAAGUACGUACAGGAACAAAAGAUACAUUCCCUCAAAAAAUUGCAGACUGUUUUGAAAAAUUGUACUGGAUAUAUUAUAUCCACUUACCAUUUUAUUUGAUGACAUCAUUUGAUUCGUUUUGUCUUCAUGUUUUUUUCUUAAUGAUAUUCAGUUUAAGUUUAUUUGGUAUUAUUAAAUACAUAUUCUUAUAA